UAAACAAACAUGGCGGGAUUAAGUGAAAUUUUUGAAAAAUAUUGCCAACAAAGUGCUUUAAUUGGGAUAGUGUUGAUUUAUAUUGUAACAUGCAUCUUUACAUAUUUUGCUUUUAUUUGGAGGAAAGUAAAAAUCCCCAAAUUUCCACGCAAAAUACUGCUGAUUACAGCUCACCCAGACGAUGAAUGUAUGUUCUUUUCACCAACAGUUCAAGCAGAAACUUCAAAAGGAAACUUUGUAUAUGUUCUGUGUUUAUCUAAAGGUGAUUACUAUAAAAUAGGUGACAAGCGCACGAAAGAACUGAUAAAAAGCUGUAGUGUGCUUGGAAUUCCUGAAAGAAAUAUACGCCAAGUAGAUCAUGCAAAGUUACCAGAUAGUCCCAGCAUCGAUUGGGAUGCAGAGGUUUUAGAAAAAGAAAUAAUAGCCAUUAUAUAUGGAUUACAACCUAAUAAGGUAAUCACAUUUGACAGUAAUGGUGUAAGUGGACACAUAAACCACACAGCUCUUUAUAACUGUAUACAGGAUAUAUGUGGGAAAAAUAGAAUGCCUAGACAUACCAGAGUAUUUGUAUUAAAGACUACUUCCAUUUUAAGAAAGUAUUUAUCAAUAUUGGACCUGCCUUUAGCUUAUCUUAUAUCGAAAAGAACAUUUGUAUCUACUCCAUUACAGACAUUUUAUGCAUGGAGAGCCAUGUUUGCACACAGAAGUCAGUUGAUGUGGUUUAGAAUUCUCUAUCUGAUGUUCUCCAAUUAUAUGUUUGUUAAUUCACUACAAGAAGUUUGUCACCAUGGAGAUUGUUAAACAGACAAUUUUAACCAUGGUUAUGGUGCUUUAGGAAAGCCUGUUUUUCACAGAUAUUAGCUGCAAGAAAGCCAUUUUUUCACAGAUAUUAGCUGCAAGAAAGCCAUGUAUUCACAGAUAUUAGCUUAUGUUGUUAAGAUUAUUUGUAUGUUCUAUGAUUACAUAUUUGUUAAUGUCUUCAAACAGUUUGUGAUGCUGGAAAUUGUAAGACAUAGUUUUGCAGUCAUGUUUUUUAUGUUAGUAUUUGGAACAUAUUUUGUUGUAGCUUUAGGUAGGGAGUCCCUUAAAGUGUUGAUCUAUACUCUAUUGGAUGAAACACAAAAGCAUACAUUAUAAUUAUGAAAAAUGUGAUAGAUUGAAAUUAUUCAUACAUAUUCAAAUUUUUUACUUACAAUCAAAAGAAUCACAACACUAUAUAUUCUAAAUUUUUAAAUAGUGAUUAAGCUUUGAUAAUUGUAUGUUAUAGACAUCUUUUAGAAAAAUAUCCUUAAAAUAUUUAAAUGAAGCCUUGGCUCAUAUUUAAAUAUAAUUAAUAAGAUCUCAAAAUGAGGCUAUUUUGGCAGAAUUUCAAGUUUUGCAUGGAAUACAAAAAUUUGAACAAUUAAAUCAAAUAUAAAAGUCAAAAUUUUUAAAUGCUUAUACUUUAUAGACUUAUGUCUUCUGAACCUCUGAAGGAUGUUAUUUGAUAGAUUUACAAUACUUUAGAUUUUCAAAUUUAAGGAGCUAAAUAAGUGGCCUUAUCAUACCUUCUCUUCAGAUUUCGAAAACUGAAGUAAAAAUCCUGAAAUCCUUAGUUCAGGUCAGGUUGAGGUUAUUCAUUGUCAUUUGAUUAUAAAUUUUGCUUUAUUUUUUAUAUCACAUCAACAUUUAACUUUCAUUCAUUGUUUUACAAAUGUCAUGUUUAUUUUACGUCAGUGAGAAUUCAUGACGGAUAUGAAUUAGGACUGUUCCUUUUAAAACAUAUAUGGGAACAGGGAAGGCAAGUUGAAUUUGUUCACUAUGGUUGGUAUGGAAUAUCACAUUGUACAAGUUUAUAAUGUAUGCAGGUCCCAAAAUUGUUUCUAUGGGUGGUUACUCUUACGUUAAAAGUGCCUUCCCUUUGUACCAUGUAUGUUUUUGAGUCAAAUUUUGAGUCAUUAGUGAAAAUUAAAGCAAUUUCAGAUUUCCUUCCCUGGAAAAUAAUUAAAAAAUUGCAGUAGUUGAUAUUUUUUUGUGUCAGCUGUUAUUAUUUCUGAUUACCUUAAAAACUAAAUGACUGAUAUUCUUUAUGCUUAAUGUCCAGUUUCUUAAUAUUUAUGCCUAUCAAUGUGUCCAAAUUUCAGCCACACCAGACAAAUAUGACUGUUUCUGAACACUAAAUUGUAAAUCAGAUUUUUAACCUUUUAGCUCACAAGGAAACCAGCUUUAAGGGGAAAUGUAUCCAAUUGGCUAGAGGUAUAGGGGGAGGGUUGAGAUCUCAUAAACAUGUUUAACCCCGCCGCAUUUUUGCGCCUGUCCCAAGUCAGGAGCCUCUAGCCUUUGUUAGUCUUGUAUUAUUUUUAAUUUUAGUUUCUUGUGUACAAUUUGGAGUUUAGUAUGGCGUUCAUUAUCACUGAACUAGUAUAUAUAUUUGUUUAGGGGCCAGCUGAAGAACGCCUCUGGGUGCGGGAAUUUCUCGCUGCAUUGAAGACCUGUUGGUGACCUUCUGCUGUUGUCUGUUCUAUGGUCGGGUUGUUGUCUCUUUGACACAUUCCCCAUUUCCAUUCUCAAUUUUAUUUCCAUUAAUCCUUUGUACAGUGCAAUGCAUUUGUUAAUUUUGAAGGUAUUGAUUCAGGACUUAUUUUUUACAUCUUUAGUGACCACUUAGUUUUCAUAAAUUAUGUGCAAUAUAAUUAUUUAAAAGAUGAGUCAUUCCUUUUUUAUAUAGAUAUAAAGAUAUAAGAAGAUGUGCAUAUUUUUAUCUUUUCUCUCUUAUUAAAGCUAUUCUGUGGACAUUUGGUAGAUGUCUUUAAUUAAAUUAUUUAUAUUUUAAUGUGUUAGUCCUGC